CACAGCUGAAGCGAUAUCAGCAACAACAGGCAUCUGCACCAUCAUCGAUGGCGUCGUCGAUAACUCCUCCUCCUCCUCCUCCGCCGCCACCUUAGCCGCCUAAAGCUACAUUUGCCCGCCGCUAUAAGUUCAUCUGGCCACUUCUGUUGGCUGUCAAUUUAACCGUUGGAGCUUACUUUUUCAUGAGGACGAAGAAGAAAGAUGUGGGUACCGAAGAAACCGAGUCCCAGGAUGUUCCUACCACUCCUGUCUCAAGUUCCGCUAGUGCUACAGUUACUGAGAAGUCACCUACUCCACCACUAGUCAUGGAGCCUGCAAAGUUACGUGCGCCAAUACCAGAGAAUCAGCAGCGUGAAUUAUUCAAAUGGAUAUUAGACGAGAAGAGGAAAGUGAAGCCAAAAGAUCCCGAAGAGAAAAAACGCAUCGAUGAAGAGAAAGCCAUUCUCAAACAGUUCAUUCGAGCCAAGUCCAUUCCAAGCUUGUGAUUUGUAUAGCAGUUGACAGAAUUAGAACUCAAAAUGAAAUCUGAAUUUGUUCCUUUCCUUUUCUUUAUGAAAAGAAAUCAGUGACCAAGUUUGCAUCUUAUUUUCCAAAGUCUAAGAAGCACAUUACAUGACUUAGACAAUAAAAUAAACUAAAAUUUAACUUCUA